AGAAUGACGUGUCUGAGAGAUAUAUCGAUGCGGAAACCGGAGAUGAAGUUUCCAAUAUAAAUAAAAACGUAAAAAGGAGUAUUUUGGAAAUGUAUUACGAAAAUAUCGAGGAAAACUUAUUCGUGGAUAACAAUUUUGAAGGAUUAGAAGAACUGCAUAGUGGUGAUAAUCAAAAACUAACAUCUAGAGAAUUACAAUCACGUCGUUUAGAAGAAUGUUUCUUCAUGAAUUUUGAACCAAAUUGCAAAGAUACACGUGAAUUGUCAUAUACUGUCGAGAAAUUAAAAAAUAACGUAGAAAAACAAAAACUUAAGAUUGAAGAAAUCAAUAAUUAUUUCAUUGAAGUGAAGACCUUAAAAUUAGACAUAAUGAGUGUAAAAAAUGAUUUGUACAGGAUGAACACUAACAUAAACGAAAUUAAAUCAGAAAUUAUGUUAAUAGAAAGAAGCGUCGAAAAACCGAACAGGAUAACCAAACUUAAGAACCGAAUUGGAAACCUUGAAAGAGAUGUAACAAAGAAUACGGCUAACAUAAUAGGAAUGAAUAAUUAUACCUACCAAACACUAUCUUCACCAACAUCUCCACCAACAUCUCCAUCAACAACUCCACCACCACCUCCACCACCAUGUCUACCUCCACCACCAUUUCCAUCUCCACCACCAUCAUCACCACAACUUCUACCACCAUCUUCACCGCCACCUCCACCGCCACCUUCAACACCACCUCCAUUGCCAAGACCAUAAAUGAUGAAGACUGCAGGUACAUCACAGAACGAGGUGGCUAAAGGCGUCUAAGGUGGCCGUACCUACAAAAACUAAACACAUUUAUAUGAGAAUAACGAUUACGGCGGAAAUUUUCAAUUCAGUCGUUUUAAAACCACCCAUUCAGAGGAAGGUUGGAAAACAGUUAUAGACCAAGAUAAAGCAAAAUACGAAAA